GUUUUCCAAUAAAGAAAUUCAUGCCACGGACAUCUAUGUGACUUUUGUACAUCAGCGUCGGCGUGGAACGCUACGUUUCCGUUAGACUGUGUCAGUGUCUGCCAGGUUGGCUGUGCCUAGGUGUCACCGUCACAGUGCAGAUCCCAGUACUCCCCGGGCUCCAUUCCAGUGUGUCAGUCUCAGUUAAGAUCUAUGUCCUCUGUGGGUGGCAGGGUCAGCAGAGCCGGGUGCCCCCGUCUACAUCCUUGGACUGACAGGGUCCAUGUGUGAGUGCGCGCGCGCGCGCGUCUGCCUCCCCUUCAGCCUGGUCCUCCCGCCCGACUCCCCCACCUGAGCUCCGCUCCUACGUGCGGCUCAGCGGGCGCCUUCUGACUCAUCGGGGCUCCGGGUCACAUGCAUCUUGCAGGCCCUAUCGGGUCCUCUCUCUGCCGGCAGCUUGCCCGCCCGGGAUCUGCAGCGGCCCACGCCCCGCUCCCGGCUCCCGCUCCCUCCGCGCUGCCACCAGUUCUGCCGCAGGAAGAUUCCAGCCACCAUGUCAAUUGAGCGCAUCCAUGCCCGGGAGAUCCUGGACUCCCGUGGUAACCCUACGGUAGAAGUGGAUCUCUACAUAGCCAAAGGUCUCUUCCGGGCAGCAGUGCCCAGUGGAGCUUCUACUGGCAUCUAUGAGGCACUGGAGCUGAGGGAUGGGGAUAAACUUCGUUACUUGGGCAAAGGUGUACAGAAAGCUGUGGAUCACAUCAAUAAUACCAUCGCUCCUGCCCUGAUCAGUUCUGGCCUUUCUGUGGUAGAGCAGGAGAAGCUGGACAACCUGAUGUUAGAGCUCGAUGGGACUGAGAACAAAUCCAAGUUUGGGGCCAAUGCCAUCCUGGGUGUGUCUCUGGCCAUAUGCAAAGCUGGGGCAGCAGAACGAGACUUGCCUCUCUAUCGCCACAUUGCCCAACUGGCUGGGAAUUCGGAUCUCAUCCUACCCGUACCUGCUUUCAAUGUGAUCAAUGGUGGCUCUCAUGCAGGAAAUAAGCUAGCCAUGCAGGAGUUCAUGAUCCUUCCGGUGGGAGCUGAGAGCUUCCGGGAUGCCAUGAGGCUUGGGGCAGAGGUCUACCAUACCCUCAAGGGUGUCAUCAAGGACAAGUAUGGCAAGGAUGCUACCAAUGUUGGGGAUGAAGGUGGCUUUGCUCCCAAUAUCCUGGAGAACAGUGAAGCCCUGGAGCUGGUGAAGGAAGCCAUUGACAAGGCUGGCUACACGGAAAAGAUCGUCAUCGGUAUGGACGUUGCUGCCUCUGAAUUUUACCGCGACGGCAAAUACGACCUGGACUUCAAGUCCCCUCCCGACCCUACGCGAUACAUUUCUGGGGACCAGUUGGGGGCCCUCUACCAAGGCUUCGUCAGAGACUACCCAGUCGUCUCCAUCGAGGAUCCAUUUGAUCAGGAUGACUGGGCCGCUUGGUCCAAGUUUACAGCUAAUGUGGGCAUCCAGAUCGUGGGGGACGACCUGACGGUGACCAACCCAAAGCGAAUUGAACGAGCAGUGGAAGAGAAAGCCUGCAAUUGCUUGUUGCUCAAGGUCAAUCAGAUCGGUUCUGUCACGGAAGCCAUCCAAGCGUGUAAGCUGGCCCAGGAGAAUGGCUGGGGGGUCAUGGUGAGUCACCGAUCCGGAGAGACAGAAGACACCUUCAUCGCUGACCUGGUCGUGGGAUUAUGCACAGGCCAGAUCAAGACAGGGGCUCCGUGCCGUUCAGAGCGGUUGGCCAAGUACAAUCAGCUCAUGAGGAUCGAGGAAGAGCUGGGCGAUGAAGCUCGAUUUGCUGGGCACAAUUUCCGCAACCCCAGCGUGCUGUGACCACUUUCUGUCCUGUGCCUCCCCACCUCCAACUCUGUGAACUGUGGCCUCUCACUUCCCCAAGCUGCGCCCUGGAGCCCCCUGGAAUGUGUUCUGAUCCCCCCUCGAAGUCCUCUUUCCCUUCCUUCCUCUUUCCCCAGCCCUUGUCUUUCAACUCCCUGCUCCCCAUUCUCCUGAAUGGUCUCCUUCCUAGAGUCCUACUGCUCUUAGCUCCCUAACCCUUUCUCCUCUUCCUUCCUCUCCUUUCUCAGAGUUGGAGAGGGGAAUUGCAAAAGAGGCUUAGCCUCUUCCGGGGCGGGUAUCAGGGCCUGUGAUGGCGUGAGGGUACAUCAUCUGAGAUGCUUGGAGAGGGAGAUGCUGGGUGAGGAGUUGCCCAAGUGCCCCCCCUUGUAUGGCUCUGUUUUGGUUCCAUAUGCUGUCCACUUUGCAUAUGUGCCAAGAACUGAAGCGUUUACGUGCGCAUCCUGUUGUGUAUGCUGGGUGUGUGUUGUGUGUGUCUGGCAUGUUGCUUAUGUUGGCACAUGGGGCAGGCCUGGUUUGAAGGGAUUUGUGUGUGAUUUAGUUAUUUAUUUAAUUUAUUAAUGUAUUUAUUAUUUCCUUGGGACCUAGGGAUUGAGCAUGUCUUGUCGAAGGGGGCUAUUUUUCCAUGUCUCCUUCGGCUUUGUGCCAUAGUGACCGUGGGUAAGGAGGUAUGAUAGGAAGGGGAAGGGGAAGAGGAUGCGUCCUACGCUUUACCUCCUUUGUGUGUGGGGAAGCCUUUCCCCUGAAGACCCCUCCCUAGCCCUAGAUCCCCAGGUUCCUCCCUAGACUCCCCAGCUAUAGCAGAGCCAUGCCUCUCCCCCGUGGAUGGCCGCCUCCCUGAGUCCCCGCCAUCUCCAUGCUCCCCACAAUGACCACUGCCAUUAAAGUCUGAAUCGCAGCCCA